ACAAUUGGGCUACUAAACUAGAAACCCUAGAUCUAGAUCUAGUUCCCAAACCAACAAUGGCGACACAAGAACAAAUGAAAAAAAAAAAUGGAAACCUAGAUCAAAGUAAGAGAAAAUAAAAGAAAUCAGAUUCAAAUUUGUUGUCAUUAUCUUGAACAUAUACAGAUGCAAUUUUGUCUCUCCUCCACAAACUUUCUCCUUGAAAUCCAAGUUCAACAACUUGCAGAACCCCAGAUCCAUUCAAACACCAGGCUCACAAUGGCGAAGUCAAGAAAGAAUAAAUGAAAAAAGAAGAGGGAAACCCCAAUCAAAGUAACAGAUCAAAUGAAAACCACAACAAAAAGUAAAUGCCAGAAUCUCAACCUUGAGAAAUUGACAACAACUUGAUCUUUGGGGUAAGAGAUCGAAGGCAGAGAAUGGUAAGAGAUUUGAGAGAAAUUUUCAGAACCCUAAAAUCCCAAAUCUUUUGGGUAUCUCAAUGUUAUGGAUGGGUCGAUUAAGAAAGAGAAUCAGAGAAUCAAAGACUUGGAAGAAAUCGAAGGAAGAGAAUGUUAAGAGAGUUGAGAGAAAUUUUCAGAAUCGUAAAUCCCCAAAUCUUUCGGGUAUUUCAUGGGUCUAUGGAUUUGUAUUUACUUGAUCCACUGAAGCCACGUUGGAGCCACGUGGGAGCCACGUUGGAGCCACGUGGGAGCCACGUUGGAGCCAAUUGGAUGUCAAAUGCCACGCAAGCUAUUGCACUAACAGCGUGACAGAGCUCCGUUAGUGGAGGGGCUAAUUUGCUCCUUGCGAGGGGUUCGAGGGCUUAUCUGCCACCUUUUUAGUUCAGGGGCUUAUCACUAGCUGUCAAAAAAAGUGAGGGGCUUAACAUGGGUUUUUGCCUUAGUAAAAAUAUUUUAGUUAG